UAGAUCUUUUUUUAAAGGCAUUUUUUUCAUUUUUGCGUGUUUUUAUAAAACGACUUAUCAUAGUGCCAUGAGUUUUCCAGCACGACGGAAACGGAAAUAAAAAACAAAAGAUUAUUUGAUUUGCUUACAAAAGUCGGAAAAAAAGUUGUCGUUGAUUCUGUAACCGAGAUGAGCAACUCCAGCUACGUUCAACUCCCACAAGAACUAAUUUUCAGGGAAUCAGACCAAUUACACGUUGCUAUCUAAAAUAUUUUCUAAUUUCACAGAGAUAUCAACGGUUAUAACAACAUGUGGUGUGGAUACGUGAGCAAGAAUAAUCCAGUGCGUCGACAUAAUGUUUCGCUUUCGUUUAUGUGUAUGUCUUUCAGAUCAUUCUUCUAUGAUGUUGAUUCACAGAGAAUCAGUAAUUCUGUAGAAGAGGGAGAACAGAUGAUAAAAGAAUAUUACAAAGAGUAUAAGUAAAAGUGUAGAAGAACAUGAAAUACGUGUGAGAAAAAGAGAAAUUGAAAAGAUUUAUUAUUUUAACAUCUGAAAUUAAAUGUAACAUUUUUUUGAAUUAGAUACUCUUUUAUCUAUCUUUUUCCGGUUUAGGCAUUUGACGAUGAGGCAAAUUCUCAAGUGAUUCGAUGUUAUUUGGAUGGUCCAUUAAAACGUACUUCAUCCAACGCGUAUAUCAAUUAUUUUAAUUAUCCAGAAGAAAAUUCAGAUCUAUCCGAGUUAUACGCUGCUAUUAAAGAUCACAUUACAGUCCCUUUAUAUUGCUUGAUCGCUUCGCCACGUGAAAGUACGGUUUUGAAAAGAUUUUUAUGGUUGUACGACCUGAUUGGACCGAGAUACAAAAACUUAAAAUCUAUCACGAGAAAAAUGGCAACACCAAAAUCAUCUGUCACUACUGCGCAAAACGACGAUAUUCCAUCUUUGAAAGCAAAGAUUACAGAGCUUGAACGACAAAAUGCCGAAUAUAAAACAAAAUUAGAUGAAUUAAGACGAGCAAAAGCAACAACCAUGGUUAAAGUUGAAAAAGAAUAUGUCAAUGCAAGU